CCCACAUACAAAAUAGAGGAAGAUGGGUACGGAUGUUAGCUCAGGGCCAAUCUUCCUCAAAAAGAAGAAGACAAAGACGAAUCCUAACAAAAAAUUUACAGAGUAUGCAAAGAUAAUAAAAGAAACCUUUCCUGAAGGAACAAAAGAUGUUGAUAAAUACAUGGAAAAACAAACCAUUUUUCUAGCUGUAAAGUGCUAUAAGACUGUGACUCCUCCUCCAAAUUAAUCUAUAAAUACAGUGCAAUCCUAAUCAAAAUUCCAACAGGACGUGACAAGCUGAUUCUAACGUUGAUCUGAAGAAGAAAAUAUACAAAAAAUAGCCGAGAAUUAAAAGAGAACAAAGGGGUCUCUAUUCUACUAGACAGUAAAUUAAAUAGAUUACCAGCUUACAAUGUAAAAAUGUGUUAUUGGCUCCCCUCGCGGAAGCGCCCAGCACCGCGGGAGCAGGAUGGUGGGCGAGGCACCGGUCCACCGCCAGCCAUUCUGAGGGCCGGCCAGAGGGCAGCCCGUGGGCGGACCAUCCGCGCCCACAGCUGCAGGGAGGCCGGGCGUUACCAACCAAGGACCACGCUGAGGGGGGGAUCGAGGUGCCAAGCUUUCCUGAGGAAACGCGUUCUGCCCCACUGGGCUCUGGGGCCAGUGGCUGGUGCUGUUAAUGCCCUUGUUUGAACUUUCCAGAAUGGAUAGUCCCCCAAAGCUGCCUGUGGAGACCCUCAUUGUCCACCACAUCCCCCUGGUGCACCGUCAAGUCCCAGACAGGCAGUGCUGUGGAGGGAGUGGGAGCACAAGACCCACUCCAUUCUGCCCACCAGAGCUGGGCAUCACCCAGCCUGCUCAAGACCGAGGACAAGCUGACUCCCUGCUCUGCAACAGUCUGCACUCUCCUCCAGGGGGCUCUGCACGGUCUGCAGACAGCACCCAGAGUAGGGGUCGGGAUGGAAGAGGCCCUGGAGCCCCCACACGACACAGUCCCUUCUUGCUGCGGGAGGGUGUGGCUGAGCCAAGACUUGGUGACCUAUAUGAGGACAGCAUUGGUGAUAGUGCCACCCAGCAGUCCUUCCACCUGCAUGGGGCUGGCCAGCCCACCUUCCAGCUAUCGUCUUUCCAGCUGCCACCACCUGGCCCCAGAGUGGGCAGGCCAUGGAGGACAAGACGUAGUCGGGUUGGAGUGGUGGAGGGGCAGGAACAGGAGCCAGUAACCACCUUGGAUACCCAGGAGUGCAGCACUAGCUACCACUGCCGGCCGGAGCUGGGAGCAGAGACCAUGGAGCUGGAUGAGUGUGGGGGACCUGGUGGGAGCGGCAGUGAGGGUGGAGCCAGUGAUAAAUCUGGCUUUUCCUUUGACCAGGAAUGGAAGCUCAGUUCAGAUGAAUCCCCAGGGAACCCCAGAUGCACAGGCUCAGGACCCCAGCACUGCCACUGCAGUAGCACAUCCAGUCAGCCCAAGGCGGAUGACCCAUCCCUGGGCUGUGUGAGUGACUCCUCCUGCAACAGCUCGGAUGAUGUGCUGGUCACUUUCAGCACCCUCUGCAAGAUGCAUGGCAACUCCCGUGCCAAUCUCAACUCAGCCCCACGAUCUUGCAGCGGCUUUUCCUUCUGCAGCCAUUCAGACCCUGGCAUCUUCUACCUGGACCUGCAAAGCUCCCCUGCUGAGGAGUCCCACCACCCUGACAAUGGAGGAAGGGAAGGAGGCUAUGGUGGUCCUCAUGCCUCAUCUCCUGAGCUUGAUGCCAACUGCAACUCCUACCGCCCACACUGUGAGCUCUGCCCAGCUGUGGCUGACCUCACAGCCUGCUUCCAGAGCCAGGCCCGUCCUGUUGCAGCCACAGAGAAUUACUAUAAACUUGUCACCUGGGACCUGUCCUCCCAAUAACCCCCAAGCCCAGCUGGCUCUUCCAUUACUAGCUGCUCUGAGGAACACACCAAGUCCUAUACCAGGCCCUGGCCCAGACCCGGUCCUAGCCAGCCCUCUGAGUAGUACGUAUUCCAGAAGCCAGAAGUCCAGCCAGAGGAACAAGAAGCAAGGGUUUCCUCAAAGGAAGUGGCAGCUCCCAUGGGCCCUGCUGUGAUCGAGGGGCAAGUGUACAUCAAUACUUCACCCCCCAAACUUAGCACUGGACGUCAGCGCUCUCAAAGGCAUGAUCGCAGCCUGGAGCGAAGCCCUCCUGUUCGCCUGGGCUCACUGGAACGUAUGUUGAGUUGCCCAGUGUGCCUGAGUGAGGCCCCUGCAGCCCUGGCCAGGCCUAGCUCCCCACCCAGGCGGGUCACCUCCUUUGCUAAGCUCGCCACGGACUGAAAGAAAUCUGCAGGCUCCGGCUCCGCACCACUUCGAGUGAGCAUUGGAGACUCCUCCCAGGAUUUCUCACCCAUGCAAGAAACCCAGCAAGAUAGGGUGGGCCCACUGGAUAAGGGCACUCGCUGCAGCCAUAGCCUACCAUCCAUGCCAUUGGGGCCAGGCAUGGACCUACUUGACCCAGAGCCCUGGUCCACCCAGGUCUGUCAGGGCCCCCAGUCCAGUGAGAUGCCACCUGCUGGCCUCGGAGCUGCUGAGCAAGGCCCCCUGGCCAAGCUGACGGAUCCAGGGCCUGCUCUCCCAGGGAGCCCAGCCAACAACCAUACCCAGAGGGAUGCAAGAGCCAGAGCUGAUGUUAAGGAACCUAGAGGCUGGAGAAUGCCAGGAUAUAUGCGUGGCCUUCUCAGUGACAGGGCCCUACCAAACACCCAUCCAAACCAGAAGAGGUUCUUCAGCCUAGAUUGAUCAUCCUUCCAGUCCAGGGCAGGUAAUGGGGGGAAGGAGGAGAGAGGAUAAAAAUACACUGAGGAGAUCAAGUCAGUAGGACUUAGAGACUGAUGUAUUAGGAAAGGAAGUAGUCGGAAGAUUGUGAUUCUAAGUCUGGGUGACUGGAAGGAUGAGGAUACAUGGACAGGGACUGCAAACACAGAUUUACUGGAAAACGGAUAAGGUAGGAGUUCAGUUUUGGACAUUUAGGUCUUUGUGUUGCUUAAGGGAUAUGCCCAAAAGCCUAGGCCAUGUCCAACAGGCAAACCACGCUGGAUGUCAGUGAGAUUCAUUCUUUGGUCAGUGAUUGCAGCCACUCUUCAAAGCUCCUGAGACCUGACGCUUGACCUUUAAGCCUCCUAGGCCAGCUCUUUCCCUAUGUAUUUUAUUAUAUUUAAGUAAUUUUUAUGUUAAGUGGGUGCUGGUGAUAGAGAAAUGAGAGGGAUGUCCUUUGCCCUCAAGGAAUCGUGACUAAGGAUGGAAACAGAAAAGGAAGCAGAAAAAAUGCAGAGAUGGUGGUCUGUGGUCCUGGUCUACGAGAGAGAUGUCUAAACAGACUAAAACGUCAGAGAAGGACUGCUAACGCAAUUUACAUUUAAGCACAUUCGAGAAAGACGAUUAGGAAUAGGCUUUGUGGAGACUUGUAAGAAGAACAUUCUAGGGUCAUACAAUAGUCUAUAGGAAACCACAAAGGCACAGAAUAACUGGAUGCUUUCCAGAAACUGCAAGUAAUUUGGUUUAGCCAUAGUGGGGUGUGGAUGGAACUAUUAAAGGAUUUUAAUCAGGAAAAAAAAUGUUAUUGGUGCAGGAAUGGCCAAUCUGCCAAUUUGGAAACAGGAAAACUAGCAUAUGAUAAUUGGUUUUGCAAAUCACGGUGAGAAGGCUAUUGGGACCUUUAGAAAUCAUCUUAUAGAGACCGGCUGGUGGCAUAGUGGUUGAGUUCACACGCUCUGCUUUGGCAGCCCAGGGUUGACAG